AUGCUUGAUCCCGAAUUUCGUAAUUUCACCACAAAAUGGAAAAAACAAAGCAUCAUCGACUGGUUGAUUCGACGAGGCGUUGCAAUUCCAACCAAUGUAGAAUCGUUCAAUAAAAUGAAAAGAGAUGAAUUGUACAAAUUAUCGCAGGAGCAUCGAUAUCCGAAGAUUUAUCUCCUUGAAACUAUAACAAAGGAAUUGAGGGGUAAUGAUGUAAAAUUGUUGUGGAUGCCAGUAGCUUAUUGUGAGCUAAACCCCAUUGAACUCAUCUGGGCACAUCUUAAGAGACAGGUGGCAACUAAUAAUAAAACAUUCAAAAUUAAUGAUGUUUUGGAGCUAUGUAAGGAGCAGAUGAACACAGUUCCAUCAUCAUUGUGGCUAAACUGUGCCCGACACGCUAGAGAAAUUGAGGAUCAAUAUCGAGGACAGCACAAUGACGUAGACCGUUUUAUAAGUCCCUUGAUAAUAAAUGUGGGAGCAGAAGACAGUGAUACCGAUGACGAAGAAUUUGAUAUCCAAGACGAUGUUUUAGUAUCUGCAGAAUUUGAAGGCGUUUAA